AUGUUGAGUUAUCAAUGGAACAAAAGAACACAAUUACUGCGACUUCCAUUACGAAAUUUGUUUUAUAAUCAUGAAUCUCUUAUUAUCACCAAAUUGUUUUCAUCAAGCAAUCUGAAGACUUCAAUAGCAGACCAGGAAGAGAAGAAACUUCCAUUUACUGUGUCGUACCUCAUAAACUCAUGUGGGUUUUCCUUAGAAACUGCGAAAUCCUUGUCCAAGAAGGUCAAUUUUGAAAACCCUAAGAUACCAGAUUCUGUCCUUCAACUUCUCAGAGACCAUGGACUCACCAAUACCCAAAUCUCCAAACUCAUCAAGACAACACCGAAUCUUCUUUUGGCCGACAAGGAGAAGACCCUGUUACCCAAACUUGAGUUUCUUCAGUCUGUGGGGAUUUCAGGAGCUGCCCUCGCAGAUGUGGUCAGUUCAAGCCGGAUUAUGUUGCGCCAGAGCCUAAAGAAUCAAAUCAUCCCCACUUAUAAUUUCUUAAAGAACUUGCUCAAAGAUGAUGAGAAGGUUGCACAUGUGCUAAAGCGUGCAGGUUUCCUUAAUGAUUUGCAUAAUAUUGCUGCUCCCAAUAUCUCACUCUUACAACGUCUUGGAGUACCACAUUCAUCUUUGUUACUACUGAUCUGGCGUGAUGCUAGUGUGCUGUGCAAGAAGGCUGAGAAGUUUGAUGAAUUUGUCAAGAUGAUUAGUGAAAUGGGAUUUGACCCUUCGGAGAAGAAUUUUAUCAUUGCACUUAGGAUAGUUACUGGAUGGAGUCAUGAUUCAUGGCAACGCAAAUUGAAAGCCUUUAAUGAUUGGGGUUUGUCCAAAGAUGAGAUCUUGGUGGCUUUUAGACGGUAUCCCGCUUGCAUGACUUUGUCUGUGGAGAGUAUCUCAAGAAAAAUGGACUUUCCUGUGUCGAAAAUGGGUUGGGCUUCACCCGCUGUUCUUAAAACACCAUGUGUUCUAAGAUAUAGCAUGGAGAAAAGGUUAAUUCCCAGGUGUUCAGUAAUUCAAGCUUUGCUUCUCAAAGGGUUAAUAGAGAAAAAACCUGCCUUAUCUAGUUCUUUAAUUCCUGCUGAUGAUAUCUUUCUGAAAAGAUUUGUGAAUAGAUACCAAGAGCAAGAGCCUCAACUCUCUGAUAUCUUUGAAGGGAAAAUGAAACUCUCUGAUUUGGGAAUUGGAUUUGGAGUAUCUGAAUUGUAA